CCGAAGUUGGACUGGCUGGGCUUCGAAUUUCCCAACCCCAUCGCGGCGGCCUGGGACCUGAAACAAACACUCGACUCCAGUACACUUGUUCACUAAUAUAAAGUUACUGUCAAUUGCUCCUUGCAGCUGUAGCUGCAGCAUUACCUUCGACACAUUCAUUAUACACCUACAGGGAACAUUACCGGCACCUCGCGGCCCGUGGCCUGACAUCAUGGCGUUUCAAACACUACACGGUUCUUGCGCUUGCGGUCGCAAUAGAUACGUCGUAGAGAUCCCAGAGCAAGAGAUGCAGCUCGCAGAGUUGCGCUACGAUAACACUUCUGCUUCACGACACACAUCAGCAAGCCCUCUUACCCUCUGGUUCCGCGUCCCCCUUUCCUGGUACACGUCCGCCACGUUCGCACAAUACCCCGACGAAACCCGAUCCAGCAUCCAACGCACAUUCGUCUCGCCCUUCGCAUCGAACUCCCGCCGCCAGUUCUGCGGAUACUGCGGAACGCAACUCACAUCUUGGCACGAGCACACGCGAGAGGAUGCGGACCACAUCUGCCUGACUGUCGGCAGUCUGCUCGACGACGACCAGGCUGUCUUGGGAACCCUCGGCUUCCUUCCCGGUGGCGACAGCAGUGAUGAAGAGUUGAGCAAUGCUACUGGCCUGGCUCGGACCAACACCACGCGCACCGUGGGACGUCAGGAAACACGUGGAAGAGGCGCCCCUUGGUUUGAGGAAUGGGUCGAGAAUACAAGAUUGGGAAGGCUGAAGCAGCAACGAGGCGGACACUCGUCACGCGACGGGCACAUUCGUGUCGAAUGGGAGGUCAUGGAGUGGACGGAUGCCGACGAUGCCGACGACGAGGGCACAAGCACCCCGGGCAAGAGAAAGAUCGCAGAGGUGGACGGCGGAGACAGCGAGAUGCAGACUUUGUGAGUGCUGCCGUGCUGUUACGUUUGAUAUUAUAUUCUAGAACACGGGCGCUCACGCUUUCGGGGGGGAAAAACGGGGGGACAAAUGGUGAACGGGAUCAAAAAGGCUAGGAGUAUUGGGCGUGUGGUCUGGCGGGUGGUGGUUUCUUCAUGAUUUCGCCACCACCUUUAUGCGACCGAUUAUCGCUCUCGAGAAUCGAUCAGUCAGUCUU